CUCCUGAAUUGUCGAUCAGUCCGCAAUAAGUAUCUAUAUAUCAAGGACUAUGUUGUGGACAAGGAUUUUGAUAUUUUUGCUAUUACCGAGACCUGGCUCAACACUGGGGAUUAUGAUAAUUUCAUAAUCGGAAGUCUUAUCCCAACAGGCUAUCGCUUUUUACACUCUGCUCGUGAUGGAAGAGGUGGUGGCGUCGGAUUGCUUUUCAAAAGUUUGUUGCCAGUUAAUCAGACAUCAAAGGUCUAUCUGGACACCUUCAUUUCCUUUGAAGCCAUCGAAUGUGAAGUUAAGGUUUUUUCGCAAUCUGUUUCCAUCCUUAUUGUCUAUCGUCCUCCACCGUCAUCUGGAAACAAUCUUUCUACUGAGCUUUUUAUGAAAGAAUUUUCGUCGCUUUUAGAAUCCUAUAUCACUAAAAGUGGUUCACUUGUACUCGCUGGUCAUUUUAAUUUUCAUGUUGAUGAUACAACUGAUACUACGGCGGCUAAUUUCCUGAGCUUAUUGGAGUCAUUUGAUUUACAACAACAUGUUCGUAGUUGCACCUACAGAGCUGGACAUACUUUGGAUCUGGUCACGCUCGUGAUGCUGAAUAUAUUUUAAAUGCUAUUUCAGUUGAUGAUUCCUCAGAGAUAUCGGAUCAUUAAACUGUUUGUGCUGAUCUUCGUCUUGUUAAGCCUAAUUGGGAAAGGAAGCGUAUUUGUGGUCGGAAAUUAAAAGCCAUCAACUUGGAGCAUUUUUGACAAGAUGUUGCAAUGUCUCCUCUUUUGUCUGAAUCAUCCAAUGAUUUACUCACGCUGCCUCACUUGUAGAAUUCGGAGUUAACUAGCGUUUUGGAUAAGCAUGUGCCAUUAAAAUCGCGCACGGUUACCAUACGUCCCGCUGCUCCAUGGUUUAGUGAGGAGAUUAAACUGGAGAGAAGAGUUCGUCGCCGACUGGAAAGGAGAUGGCGUAGGACUAGAUUGCCCAAAGGUCGUCUGCGUUUUAUUGAACAAAAUCGUAUUGUCAAUGAGCUAUUACUCUCUGUCCGCUCACAAUAUUACACCAAGCUUAUUGAUGAUAAUUGCCUUAAUCGGAGGAAACUGUUUGGCAUUGUCGGUAAGUUGUUACAUCGGAGUCCUGCUCCACAGUAUCCACCUUGCUCUUCCGUGGCGGAUCUUGCAAAUAGAUUCAUUGGCUUUUUUGGUGAGAAGAUUAUUACUAUUCGACAUGAACUGGAAUCAAACCCUAUGCAGGGAACUUAUUUAUUUAACCCAUUCGCUCCCGGAGAUUUUGCCGAAAAACGCGUUUUGAAGCUAGUCGAGUGGUUUUCUGGUCACUGUCGUGCUAUAAAGAGCUAAAACUUACCACAAACCGGUUUACAGGUCGUACACUUAGUCGAGUGGUUUUCUGGUCACUGUCGUGCUAUAAAGAGCUAAAACUUACCACAAACCGGUUUACAGGUCGUACACUUGGCGGCCUUCUGAUCCAGAUGCAAAAUAUCAGCUUGCGAAGUUCGGGCAUGCGCAGAAAGCAAAAUUUGGGUUUAAAAGUGACGCAGCAGUCUUGACUUUUACUUUUGGCUUUCUCUCCUCCUUUUUUCGCUUUUCUUGCCUCAUUUUUUUUUCUCUUGCUGGGCAUUUAGUAGGCUUCAUUUUGGUGGGAAGAGUUUUUAGGAAAGCUUUUAGGAUCUUACGAUUAGGUGAAAGGAAAGGUAGGUGGGUAAUGAAACAAGAUUUUCAUGGAGAUUUUCAGGUCAAUGUCACGUGGUUUUUUGCUUCUUUCUCCGGUGUCCUUGACUGAAUUGUGCUCAUUCUGGUAUGGUUUAAAAAACUGAUGACGUCACAAAGGGUAGAAAGGACCUGGAUCCGCACGGGCGGUUACAGGCGGUUCAGGGGCGAAUGAGUUAAUGAAGUCACAGUAGCAACAACUAGACUCCAUCGUUUGAGCUGUCCUUCAUAUUCGACCUUACUUCAGAUUGUGCACCCUUUGGCAUCAAAGUCU